AUGUCCACCACCGUCCUCGUCUCCACCUUCGCGCCUUUCUCGACACUCGCGUUCUCUGCAUCAUUGGACGCCACGCUCGAUGAUAUCUACGAUGAUAUACUCGAGCGCUAUCCCCAACUCCCUGCUCAUGACUUACGUCUGAUUACACUCACCGGUGCACCUUCCCGGGCUGGGACAAGUCUCCGUUCGCUACUGGGAGACGAUAAUGACGAAGAGGAUACUGGAAGACUGGUGUCGCUGAGGCUGGCGCCGGCGAUGCGGGGUGGAAAGGGUGGUUUCGGUUCUCAGCUGCGUGCGGCUGGUGGACGGAUGAGCAGCCAGAAGACGAACAACAACGACUCUUGCCGUGAUCUUAGUGGUCGUAGGCUCAGUACGAUCAAGGAGGCGAAAAGGCUGGCUGAGUACAUUGAAGCUGAACCAGAGCGCAAGAAGGCGGCUGCCGAGGCCAAAGCUGCGAAGCUGGAAAAGCUUGAGCGCAAGCUCGGCAUGGCCGAGUCAAGCGCAACUGCCGAAACCGGCAAGAAGCGCCGACUCGAAGAUACGGAAUAUAUCGAACAAAGCCAGGAGAUCGUGGAUAGCGUGAAGAGCGCCGUUAAGGCUGGUCUUCUCAAGAAGAAGAAGAAAGCUAAGACAAGCCAUGACUCAUCGCCACCCGCCACCUCGAAGUCGGCUGCAGACAAGCCCGCUGCACCUGCACAGGAGGCGACAGCGGCUUCUGAGGCCGCCGAGAAGAGUGACUUCGCUCCGCCGCCUGCGCCUCCUGCUGCUACUGCUGCUGCAGUUGGCGCAUGA